UCCAUCUGUUUCCAUAUCUCGUCGCGGAACUCGGUAGGGACUCUGAACUCAAAAGCACAAUUAAUGUCUAACUGAGUCCACUCGUUCGCCGUCAUAUUCCAAGCGUUAUCUGGUUCCUCUGUAUUUGCAAUUGCAAGCGUGCUUCUUCGAUCUCCCCCUCCUGUGUUUUCGUCUCUAAUCACUUUGUUUGUUGAUGUUUUAGGUAGCGGAACCAGUUUAUGGAAUCGUUGCAUUGAGUAGAAAACCCUAAUUUUUGGGGAACUGUGUAGUGCUUGUAAAUGAGUUAUAAUAAUUAGAUAAGAACCAAGAUUCAAUGGAAAUAAGUGACGGUGAGUGGACAGUGGUCUUACCUAGUAAAGGAAGACAAGGAAGAAGAAUAAAACCGAAACCUAAGCUUCAAGAAGAUGAGCAACAACAACCAUGGGAAUCAGAUGAUCUUGAAGUUGAUCCACAGAGGCAAGCAAGACUAAAGCAAAAGAUGGACAUCUCGAUGCACAAAGUCGAGAGCUCCAAGUUUUACACAGCAUUCUUGGAGCAGCUCAAGUCUCCUGAGGUUUCGGACCAGUUUCGACUCGUGUUAGGCAAUAAAACACAGCUGCAGAUCGUGAUGUACGGUAUAGGCAGCAUAGAGUCAUACGAGUCUCCGAGGUUUCAGCUGAGCAUUGCAAUCUUGAUGAUGAGAGAGUUUGAUUGGGUUGGUGAUAACAUUGAAGUAUUUGAUCCAGUUCUCUCUGCAACUGAAUCUAGUUUCCUGGAAUCUUUGGGAUGCACUGUCUUAUCAGUGAAUGAGCAAGCUCGAAGGGAAGCUUUAAAGCCUACUCUUUUCUUUAUGCCACACUGUGAGGCUAAUCUAUACAGCAACCUAUUGGAAGCAAAUUGGAGAACGGAUCGGUUGUCUAGAAUCGCAUUGUUUGGGAACAGCUUUCAGAUGUAUGAGGAGCAAGUUUCGUUUGACUCAGAAGUCAUCUCUGCCACCAAACGAAUCGUAGCUGCAAAAAGAAUCACAACCGAGUUUGCGAUUGAGACGGUGUCAGAUGAUUACUUUGCAGCUUUCCAUGAUUCAAGCUGGCAUUUUUUCAGUUCUGGUAUAGAUUCAGAGCUGCCAUUGUUCGUUUCAGAGGAAUUUUAGAUCCUCUCUUUGAUUUUUCACUUGUGUAACAUUAGUUUCUCUGCAUAAUUUUAGCCAUCAAAAGGAGGAGGGCAAACCAAAUUGAAGUUAUUGACUUAUCAAUGCAGUCAAAUUUUUUUAAUGUUAUCACAAAUUACCAUGUUUUACUCUAUUGUUGUGACUAGCAAUUGAGUAACAAACACUUAGUAGUAUUCAGCUAAGUAUUCUCAUUAUGCAUUUGUGUUCA